AUUUGGACUCUAGAGAGAGAGAGAGAGAGAGAGGGGAAAGCGGCGGGGGAAGGAAAGGUCAAGGCAUCUGUGGCGCCGCUUCUUCUUCUUAUUUCCGGAAGGGAGGAGAGAUUCUUGGGACGAGCCGCCGCGGAAGGGAUUUCUUUGGCCCCCGUGUUUCGCUUCCAUGGAGAGGGACUUCCUGGGCGCGAUUGGCAGGGCGGGGAAGGGCGGCGGCGACGCGGUGAAGGAGGGCCGGACGGAGUCAGAUAACCCGCCGGCGACGCAGUGGCAGUUCCCGGCGACGUCCGGCGCGGCGCCGGCGUUCAUGUCUUUCCGGAUGGCCAGGGAGGAGGUCUCCAAGGAGUUCUCCAUCUCCGGGUUCCGGCCGCCGGCGGCGGCGCCAACCGGAGACGUCUUCGACGGCAUCAAGAAGCAGGCCUCCUUGCCCGUGAUGCCUCAGCAGAGGCAAUUCGGGCUCAACAACCAGGUCACGGCGCCACAGUAUCCCGCUGCGCCGCACGGCCAGCGCGUGCAGGGGAUGGAUUACAGCGUGGCGGCGCAUCAUCAUCUCCCCGCUGGAACAAGGAUGGUUCAGCCGGUCUCGGUGCGGCAUCCUUCGCCGUUCAACCAGUCGAACCCGAUGCUCGGGUCGCAGAGCUUCCACAACGGCACCGUCGGACCAUUCAAGAACCAGCCUUUCACCAUGAGCAAUGGGUUCGGUGGUUCUACGGUUGGCGUGUAUGGCUCAAGGAACCCGCGUAGUCAGACCUCAACGCAGUUGACAAUAUUCUACAAUGGUUCUGUAAAUGUAUUCGACAACGUCCCCGUGGAGAAGGCUAAAGAACUUAUGAUGUUAGCCAGCAGGGCAUCUAUCCCAAGCCCACCAAGCGCACCGCACAAGCCGGAUUCACCUAUUUCUGCCCCUGCGAAGGUCAACGUGCCUGAGGUUUUGCCUGCUAGGCAGAUCGUAAUUCAGAAACCAGAGCCGUCCGUGCCUCAUGUAUCAACCACUUCAAGUCCAGUUCCCGUUGUCCCACAAGUUGUGGCUCUCUCCAGGAACACAUCCAACUGUACCAUAGAACCCAUGAGGCCAAAACCUGCAGUUCAAAUGCCGGUCACUGCUCCUACCAGUCAGGCAAUGCCGGUCACUGCUGCUACCAGUCAGGCACCCUCGUCUCAGCCAAUGCCUCUGGCAACUACAAGUGCUGCUGUGCCAAGAGCUGUCCCUCAAGCUCGGAAAGCAUCUCUUGCCCGAUUCUUGGAGAAGCGAAAGGAGAGAGUGACUACUGUUGAGCCAUACCCGACAUCAAAGAGCCCGCUACAGAGCAGCGACACCAUAGGCAGCCCUAGCGCUCCCACCAAAUCGUGGUCCACAGACAUCGCCCCGACGAGCAGCAACGGCGAGGAGCCCUUGCUCUUCGGCCAGCCCCGGAACAUCAGCUUCAGCACCGAGGCGUGCCCCAGCACGAAGUUGCAGAUCUGACGCCUCCGAGUGUUCAUAGUAGCUAGACUCCUCGCUGCUCACCGAUGCGGAAGCCUGACGUCCUGUUCCGCAUCUCGGAUGAGGCGGGAUGAUAGGAGGAGACGUACCAUUAGAUGUUGCUGAGUAUAAUUUUGUUUGGCUAGAGCUGUAGCGUUGGCCUAGCCGCCAUAUAGCUGCUGCAGGCUCUUGUUGGUUGUUCUUUUUGCCUGCUCCAUUGUAGUAUUCAGCCUGAGAAACGGACGUGAUGCUUUUGCCUCUGCAUGGAUGUUAUAGGAUUCUACAGAUUUCGCUGA